AUGUCGAAAGGCGACGGUGAACAGCAAAAUGGCUCUGGUGAGGAGUCCAAGACUAACCUCAUCAUCAACUACCUGCCACAGAGCAUGACCCAGGAGGAAAUUAGGAGCCUAUUUUCUAGUAUCGGCGAAGUUGAGUCCUGCAAGUUGAUACGUAAUAAGGGAGCGGCAUUUCCGGAUGCGUUAAACCAUGCACUGCACGGCGGCGGACAGAGCUUGGGAUAUGCCUUCGUCAACUACCACCGUCCUGAAGAUGCAGAGAAGGCGAUCGCCACCCUAAACGGACUCAGGCUCCAAAAUAAAACUAUCAAGGUAUCAUACGCGAGACCGAGUAGCGAGGCCAUCAAAGGGGCAAAUUUGUACGUCUCAGGCCUACCUAAAACAAUGACUCAAUCUGAGUUAGAGAGAUUAUUCAGUCCGUACGGCCGUAUCAUCACAUCGCGCAUUCUCUGUGAGAAUUCAGGAGGGCGUCCUUUCACUGGUGGAGAGCAGGGACUGUCGAAAGGAGUUGGAUUCAUCCGUUUUGAUCAAAGAGUGGAAGCUGAGAGGGCAAUUCAAGAGUUAAACGGAACAGUGCCUAAGGGAGCGACAGAACCAAUCACAGUGAAGUUUGCUAAUAAUCCAAGCAACAAUGGAAAAGCCCUGGCGCCGCUCGCCGCCUACCUGCCGGCAGCGCUACGAUUCCCGGCCCCUUUGGGCAGAUUCAGUUCAGGCAAGUCCCUUCUCGCUAUUAACAAAGGUCUCCAACGUUACAGUCCGCUCGCUGGCGAACUACUGGGAGGCGUGCUGCCGGGCGCCGUCGGCUCUGAAUGGUGCAUCUUUGUUUACAACCUCGCCCCGGAAACGGAGGAGAAUGUCCUCUGGCAGCUAUUCGGGCCUUUUGGCGCCGUCCAGAGCGUGAAAGUGAUUCGCGAUCUACAAACGAACAAGUGCAAAGGGUACGGGUUCAUUACUAUGACGAACUACGACGAAGCGGUCGUGGCGAUCCAGUCCCUCAACGGCUACACGCUCGGGAACAGAGUGCUUCAGGUCAGUUUCAAGACGAACAAGAUCAAGACGAUC